CAAAUCAGUUGUAGCACGGGGCCUUCAGAGUCAGCGUUACAGCUCUAUUCCCCAAGUCUUGGCACGCAACAAACAGCAAGCUACAGCGUGACGUGAUGUUCUAGGUCGGUGCCGCGUCCAUGCGAGGCUGCUGCUCCGUGCGCUCGAGAGAUUUCCAAAUUUCAGGUCGCGAACUGAGAGCGCAAACAAGCACAGCAGGAGCCAUCGCAACACCCCCAUACCAUACAAAAAGCAUCAGGCUCGAGGCCUUCUCUCAGAGGCAAGGUGCGCAGACUGUCGUAGCAUCUGUUGUGCACCAGUCCAUCAUCUGCGCCGUCAAAUCACCUCUCAAGGCUGCAACCGCCGCUGAGAAGACGCGCCAAUCUCAACACGAAAGCCGCUCCAUUCACGCAAUGGCGGUCAACGCCUUCCUAGCAAAGCGGGACUGCGUCAGCCAAUGCGUCGUUCCAAGUUGCGCAACCAUCAAAUGCAGCGCAAACGAAAUGUGUGUCGUGUCUGCACAAACCUGCGAAGCCUGUCCCAAGGUCUCCUGUGCUGCCUUGUCUGGCGGUAGCACGGCUCUUGCUGGCAAAGACAAGACUGGUUUUCCCAUUGGAGCCAUUGCUGGUGUCGUUGUCAUUGCUUUGCUGCUCGCAUUGGGUCUUGCAUGGUUCAUUGUACGCAAAAGGCGCGUUGCACGGUGCACAGCAGAGAUGGAGGAGGAGUCGAGUGAAAUGGAGAAGCAAUCGGCAAAAGAUGCAACGACCUAUGCAUCGCAGUGGCUAGGAGGCUCGCAAUCACGACCCAGAGAGUCGUCUGCAUCGCUACCCAUCUGUCUUGGCCCAGUAUUGCGCGAGGAGAACAAGGAUACCCUCUUUUUUGUGGCAGACGACGUCUAUCGCAUGUCAUACGCCGAAUCGCUGGCUCAUACAUCGCCUGAGAAGCGUACAACCAGCGGCGUGGUCGAUACGAGCCCAGCCAUUAUUCAAUCCGCCAAUCAAGUCACUACACAGCGUGUACGGCCCGCCAUGAUUCAGUUCAGACUGGGUACCUCCAACCCUGCACACAGUCCGUUGGUGGAAGAGCGAUCAGGCUGGGAGGACGAUGAAGCUGAUGAAUCACCCAUUGAGCGAGACUUGAUCUCUCGCGGAGCCACGGCACCUGCUCGUGAAUCGCACACGUCACCAUCGAGGCCAUCCUUGCGUCGUACAGGAUCUCGCAUCUUGACUGGUUCGAGGUUACAAGCAAAUGAGGAAGCGCGCCCUCCUGCUACUGCUUGACUACUCUAUUUCUUCUAGCGCUCUACUUUACUUGCUAAAUGCUUCAAAAAUCCACUCACGAUCCUUGCUGCUCCUUGUUGAAAUCAUAUUUGACCUCUGCUGCAUGUACUG